AUAACUUUUUUUUUUUUUUUACUUAAAAUUGGGACCAUAACUUUGUACUUUUUAUUUCAUGUUGUUGGAAUUAGCUGUAAUUUGAUAAUCAUAUCAGUAGUAAAUUAGGAAACAAAUCAACUACAAAUUAGGAUUUAUUUGUUGUAAAUUAUUUUGGUAUCUUGUUCAUUAGGGGAGAUAUGAAUCAGAUUUGUUUCUGAUAUAUAGUAGGGUAUAUGUUGUAUAUAUAGUCAAGGAAUAAAAUCAUCAUUGACUGACUUCUCAAUACAUGCAUGUACUAACUAGUAACUAUUCAUUUGAUGAAACAUAAUUCAGAAAGUUUUUAUAUAUAAAUACUAGAGCAAUUAGAACAAAAUACAUCACUGCAUGUAAAUUAACCUGUACUAUUUUAUUUGUAUCACAUUAGUACGUAGUUGCAUUUGAACUUUCAUACCUCAAAAAUGACAACAAUUAGGAAAAAUACCAAUGAGCAUGAGCCUAUCACCAACCAUGUUAGUUUAAAUGGUUUCCAAAAUCAUGCAACUAAUGGUAGUAUCCAUAUCAAUAAUAAACCUUUGUUGGUUAAAAAUGAGAGUAACAACAACACACUUGGUCACCACAUUGCAAAACGUUUAGUUGAAAUCGGAAUCAAUGAUGUAUUUACUGUUCCUGGAGAUUUUAACCUUGCACUUCUUGAUUAUUUAGUAGCUGAACCUGAAAUAAAUCUUAUUGGAUGUUGUAAUGAGUUAAAUGCAGGUUAUGCCACUGAUGGUUAUGCUAGAUGUAAAGGUGUUGGUGCAUGUGUUGUUACUUUUAAUGUUGGUGGACUUAGCAUUCUUAAUGCUAUUGCUGGUGCUUAUAGUGAAGAUCUUCCUAUUAUUUGCAUUGUUGGUGCUCCAAAUUCCAAUGACUUUGGAAGUAACAAGAUUUUGCAUCACACCAUUGGCUUGCCUGAUUUUACUGAGGAACUUCGUUGCUUUCAGCCUGUAACUUGCCACCAGGUUGUAAUAAAAGAAGUAGAGGAUGCACAAGAAAAGAUAGACACAGCUAUUGCAAUUGCUCUUAAAGAAAGCAAGCCUGUAUAUAUCAGUGUAGCCUGCAAUUUGUCUAACAUCCCUCACCCUUCCUUCAUUCACCACUCUCUCCCAUUUUAUUUUGCUCCCAAAGUAACAAAUCAAAUGAGUUUGGAAAUUGCUGUUGAAGCAACAGCUAAAUUCUUAAACCAAGCAAAGAAACCAGUAAUGAUAGGCGGUCCGAUGAUGCGUAUAGAAAAGGUCAGUGACUCUUUCAUGGAAAUGGCAGAUGCUUCAGGUUAUGCCAUAGCAAUAUUACCUUCAGCAAAAGGUAUGGUAUCAGAGAAUCACCCUCACUUCAUUGGAACUUAUUGGGGUGUAUCUAGCACUUCUUUCUGUGCAGAAAUUAUUGAAUCUUCUGAUGCAUAUCUAUUUGCUGGUCCAUUAUUCAAUGAUAUUAUCUCAAUGGGACACUCACUAUUAAUCAAAAAGGAGGAAAAAUCAAUCACAGUGUUACCUAACAGAGUUGUUAUUGGAAAUGGACCUACUUUUGGAAAUAUUUCAAUGAAGAAAUUUCUUAAAGAGCUUACGAAAAGACUCGAACGCAACACGACCGCAAUUGAGAACUAUCAAAGAAUUUGUAUACCGGAUGGUUUUCCAAUUCCAUGUAACCCAAAGGAGGCAUUAAGAAUCAAUGUCUUGUUCAAACAUAUACAAAAUAUGUUGUCUUGUGACACUGCUAUGAUUGUUGAAUGUGGUGAUGCUUGGUUUAAUUGUCAGAAGUUGAAACUUCCACACGGAUGCGGGUAUGAAUGUCAAAUUCAAUAUGCUUCAUUAGGUUGGUCAAUUGGUGCAACUCUUGGUUAUGCAAAAGCUAAUCCCAAAAAGAGAGUCAUAGCUUGUAUUGGUGAUGGUUGUUUCCAGGUGUCGGGACAAGAAGUCUCAACAAUGUUGCGAUGCGGACAGAAUGUCAUCAUCUUUCUAAUCAACAAUGGUGGUUACACAACAGAGGCAGAAAUUCAUGAUGGACCAUACAAUGUGAUAAAAAAUUGGAAUUAUGCUGGACUAGUUGAUACCAUAGACAAUGGUGAAGGCAAGUGUUUUACAGCCAAGGUGCAUUGUGAGGAGGAGCUAAUAGAAGCAAUAAAUACAACAAUGGAGAGUAAAAAGAAUUCUCUAUGUUUCAUUGAAGUGAUUGUCCACAAAGAUGAUACAAGCAAAGAACUUCUUCAAUUGGGAAAUAGGCUUGCUUCUCUCAAUGGACGCCUCCCUAAAGAUUACUAAAGAUCAUAAUUAUCUAAGUAAAUGGUUGAAAUUAUGAUGAAUAAAUUUUGUUGUAUGUGUGAUGACUAUGUUUAGAAUUUGAAAUUAAAGAAUAAAUUUUGUUGUGUCAAAAAAUAAAAAAAAAAGAACUUGUGAGACUAUGAAAUUUUCAAACUUUC